GUUGACUGUCAUCGGUCAUCACGAGGUCUGAGCUUCAGCUUGCACUUCGUGUUGUUCCUGAGUACAAAGUGAAGGUAUGGACUCCUCUCUGAUGUUACUGGCUUUGGCUUCCUGUGUGUUCACAGCUCAUGCAGCUGUUCACGAAGAAACGCUGUUCUACAGCUGCUCUGAGUCUGGUGACGGUCAGGUACAGCUGCACUGGGACGGAGACCAGAUCACGUAUGCUGACUUUAAGAAACAGCAUGCAGUUUGGACAGCCCCCUUGCUAAAAGAUCUGGAGACAGCCAUACUUUCUUGGUUUUUCCAUCUAGCUUUAGACAGCAGGACUAGAUGUGAAUUCUAUCUUGACAGAGCUGUGCGUCUGGACAACAGUUCAAUGACAUUAAAAGCCCCAGCAGUGGUCAUCUAUCCCAUGGACGAGGCAGAGACGGGAAAGAACAACACAAUUUACUGUCACAUCAGGAACUUCUACCCCCCCUCCAACAAUGUCACAUGGACCAGAAAUGGCAUUCGGGUGACCGAGGGUGUGAAUCUGAGCAACCCGUAUCCUCAGACGGAUGGGACCUUCAAUCAGCUGGCCAGUUUCUCUUUCCAACCACAGUCUGAUGAUGUGGUGGAGUGCAGUGUGCAGCAUCAAGCCCUGAGCCGCCCGCUCAUCACUGCAUGGACACUGCCCAUGAAGCCUGCUAGAUCUGCAGCGGCAUGGGUGUGUCUUUCUUUAGGACUUCUGUGCAUCGCUUUAGGAGUCAUCAUCUUCAUCAUCUCUGCGAAAGAGUCCCUCCGACAUAAGCUAUCUGACUUCUGGCGGGCUGCAUACCAGAGGGUUGCUGGAUGAAGCCUUCAGAAUACAAAGAUGUUAUUUUAACAUAAUUCAGUGAAAAGUAUUUUAUUUUGUAUCCUCCUGAGAACCAGUUGAUUGAUUUGUCUGUUAAUCUUUUGUUUCUUUGUCUCAUUACCUAUGAUUCACCUCAGAUGUGUCCCCCUGUCAGUGUCCUGUCUGUCUCUCGUUGUGUUGUCCUUCAUGCUGUGUGUUACUUCGUUGUCUGUCUCUAAGUCACGUUAGGUUUCUUUUGUUGGAUGAUUUUGCUUCUGCCUUGUAUUAUGUUCAUGGGCAGUAACGUGUAAUCUGAUUACUUUUUUCAAGUAACGAGUAAAGUAAGGGAUUACUAUUGCAAAAAGUAAUCAGAUUACUGUUGCUUCCCCGUAACCACGCUGCGAUACUGCAUUACUAAACCGUGAUGUUGUUUGUGAAAGUGUCACAUGACAGUGACGUACGAGCGUGCGACGUCCGUGGCAGCAACAGACGUGUGCAGAUCAACAAUGGAUAAUAUGGCGUGUUGGAGAGA